AUUGUAUCGCAAUUCCCACUAAAAUCGUAUCGCCUCGCUACACUGCUUUUUAAUUUUCUAUAUGUUUAGGGUCAACUAUUCUAACAAUGGAAACAAAGGACAAUCCCUCAAAGCCUUUUGUGUUUCCAGUCAUGAAAAAGACAAUCGAAGACCUAUUUACUAAGUCAAAAAUUACGAAAGAUGAUAUCGAAGCUUUCCAAGACAAAUAUUGGGAACAACUUGUUCCUAAUUUCAGUCAAGCACUGAAGCUUCUGGAUAUACACGGAGUUCCAAGACAUAAUAUUUUAUGGAGCAUAAACGAUCGCCUUAUGGAUGCUAUUAAGGCUAGAGUUGACUCGAAGCCUGAUGAUUGUGACCAGAAAAAAUGCCAAAAACUCUGGCAGAAGCUUAUCAAGACGGGAAUAGUGUAUAUUCAUCAUCCAUAUAUGCGUUCAUUAAUUAUGCAGGUUCUUGGUAAAAUGAAUUCGAUUAAAGAAAGGCAUGUCAACCUAAUUGUUGACAACAAAUAUUUAUAUGAUGAUGCUCCUUUACCGGUCUUACGUCAUAUUUGGGUUGCUCAUCCUCACAAAUUUCAAGAGGAAUUAGAUAAAGUUAUAGCAACAUUUCAAUCUACAUGGUCUUCCGCUAUUUUGGAUGCCCUUUCAAUGUCUAUCACGUCUACUGCAUCGACAACAGCUGAUCUCGUCCCAAUUCUUUAUUGGCCACCUCGUCGUCGUAGACGUGAUCCUUCAAUUGUACGGAUUGUUGAAAUGAUUGGAGAAGGACAAGUCUUGUAUGAUAAAACUAUAAGCAUACUUCGUGAUCAAUGUAUAAAAUGUGAAAAAGCGGCUUAUUCACUUAUGGAACAGCAAAUCAAAUCGACAAUUGGAAAUAAUAAUUCAUCUGAGGAAAUAGAUGAACAGCCACCACCAGCUAAACGAAGUAGACAACGUUUAUCAAGUAAAGAAAAAUCUUCAGAUAUAACACAACGUUUAGCUAAUCAACCUAUUCCAUAUAUCCCAUUAGCUUUUAUGCCUAAUCAACCUUCAGUUGCUUCAGCCACUUUAUGCACACUACGUUUUGAUUUAUUGAUGAGUUUAAACGAAGCGAAAAUUGAUCGACUGUGUGUUCCUGAUAGAAUUCAUCGUUUUGUUUGGUGCUUAGAUGCAUGUGUUCGCAAUCGUCGAAUUGAUCAAAGGCAUGCUAGUGAAUUAGCCUAUCAUUUACAGUUACAACGUCGUCGUUGGGCUAAAGAAACAGCUGAUGAAUGUCAUGAAUUAUAUGGAGAAUCUAAUGAGAAUAUCAGUGGAGAAAUGUCUAAACGUGGACAUUCUAGUUCUUCUCGCGGUAAAAAUUCUAAAAGUGGUAAAACCAAUCGAAAACAAUCUCCUUCAAGUACAGAAAAACAGUGCGAUUUAGAGGAUGUAGAUAAGACAGCUGAUGUAAACUUUUUAGAAAAAGAUAUGCAUAUGGCUUGUCGAGAUCCGUGGGUUGUUUACACCAUUUGUACAUCAUUAAUUCGUUACGUACUUAAUGGACUUUAUGAAGACAAAUUACCUCGGGAUAUACCUGAAGUACACUUACUUGUUCAUUUAUUAGUACUUGGCUUAGGCGACGAUUUAAUCCCGUAUUCUUGUUUACAAUUAAAAACUAAAGAAAGUUCUAUGAGUAAACGUAAUAGUACUACCGAUAUUGAUGAUCCUACAUUGAAUUGUCCAUCGAAAGCACUAAUUAGUUAUAUUUUACCAGCUGUUGCACAAUUACAAGUAUUAACAUGGAGAGCACAAGUGGCUGAAGAGAUUUUAACAUUAAGCAAUAAUUUAUGGCCUACUACUAGUUUGGAAAAUACUACUGGCAGUAGUAAUAGUAGUAGUGGUGGCGGGUUAACGCCAUCUAAUAAUAAUAAUACAAAUCAACGACCAACAUCUCAUGAAUCAAGAGAAUCAUCUAACCCAUCAUCGUCAUCAUCAUCACCAUCAUCAUUGCCAACAACAUCACCACCAUUGGUUUGGCAAAAACGUAUUAAAGAUGCUACUCAAUGUGUCAAUAUAACUGUACCAUCAGGUUAUUUAGCACAUCCAAUUGGUUAUUUAAUUUUACAAUAUCAUUGUUUAUUUUGUUUAGAACGUAAUGAAUUAGCUACAUUACGUGCUUUAUUAAAAUUAGCUGUAACACUUGCACAAUCACGUGUAAAUCGUUCCAACCAUAAUAAAUCUACAACACAAUCUCAACCUAUUACACCAACAAAAGUGUUAUGUUCUGAUUCAUUAAGUUAUAAUAAUAAAUUUGGCCUAUCUGUUAUUUUUCGUUGGCGCCCAGAAGUUUUACAAGCUUUAGUUUUAGGGAUUUCACGUUUACCUCAAUCUGCGCCUGCUUUUGUGGAUAUUGAUCGGAAUACACACAUUACUGAAGGUUCUGUUGAAUCUUCUUUAAAUGAUAAUACUGGUCAAUCAGAUUCUGAUAAUAAUUCAUCUAAUAUAUCAUCUCUAGUUCGUACAAAUUCAAUGAUGUCAAAUAUAAUUUCUAACAAUGAAUUAGGAAAUAGUGUUAUUGGUUUUACUAAUGUCCUAAAUUCUACUUGUCAAAAUACUAAUCCAGAAUCUUACUCUACCAUAACAGGAUCAAUUGUUACACGUGCGAAUUUAGCUGGUCUACUCAGAUCUAGUUUACCAUUAAUUAAUGAUGUACAAUUAUUAGCUCUUGCUCAAGUUGCCUUACUUGUACCUGGACCAACGAGUACUAAUUUAGGAACUGGUGGUAUGUCUAGUAGUAGUGGUACCAAUGUAUCUUCCAUUCAUCCUUUAUCUUCUGGAACUACUACUACUACUGUCACUACAACUACUACGGAUGUUAGUAGUAUCAAUGAAUCUGUCUCAACUGCACCUAGUUUAAGUGAACGUGAAAGACUUGUCAAUACAUUAGCAAGACAUUGUAACAUUACAUCUGUUGGUAGUACUGGUACAUUGUCAACUACUGAUUCGAAUUUAUUAUUUGAAUCCGGUACACAACAAUCUGGUACAGCAGCAGGUACAACUGGAAGCUAUAAAUCAUCAAAUCCACGCGUUUUAGCUGCUUUGGAUGUUCUGCGUAAAGAUAUUGAAAAAUCCCAUAAUUCGCUUGCAUCACCGUUAACACCGACAAAUUUAGUUGGAAUUAAGACUGGACCUGGUGGUUAUAGUUCAUCAGCGUCAUCAUUAAAUGCAUCAGCAAAUCUCUUAACAAACUUUACUGGUUUCCAAAUGCCAGAUGCAUGGAUUGCUCCAUCGCCUCGUAGUCCUUUAUCGACUAAUAAAUAUUCACGUUUUGGUGCAGACUCACUACAGUCAUCGAAUAAUAGCAGUACAUCAUUAACUGGUACCAGCUUAUCAUCGUGUUACUCAUCAUCAUCAACAUCAUCUUAUGGUUUACAUUUGCCUAUUGGAACACCCCUUACUAAUCCAGGUCUAAUGGGAGCUACACCUCACCUAAGUAAUCUACAUAUUGGACAAGGUCAAAUGCCAAGUCUACGUAAACUACCAAAGCUUACUCCCUCACCCGAUCUAUUAUCAUCGUUAUCAUCAUCUUCUUCAAGGGAAUUCCGUACUCCUCUUUCGCCUAAUCCUAUUCAUCAGCAAAGAAAUAAGUUUGCCACUGAUACAUUGUAUGCUUCAUGCCCAUCUCCGGCUGUACAUCGACCAGAUGCCUCUCAUGAUAAUAGUAAUAUUGCUAUUCCUAGAUCUCCUUCACCACCACCUUCGUAAUAUAUUAUAUGAAUAAUUUUUCUCCUCCUACUGUAUUUCGUAUGUGUGUGUAAAGUUUUUGUAAUCUUAUCUGACUUAUUAACUCACCAAUCAACUACUGUUAAUUGGGAAUAAAAACAACUUAUGACAUGUAUUUAUAAACUUUGAACAGUUUCAUUUUAGUUAAAAUUCCCAUCUUGCCAUUUGGUAAAUAAAGAAGGAACGAAUUGAGCGAAGAAAUUUCUUUUCAAUUAGUUUUUCAUCAUGGCUCUACACUAAUAUAUAUACGGUUUACAAUAAUAAUAUAAUACUCAUCGAGUAGAUACGUUACGUAAUAAUUACAUAAUGACAAUUAAAUUAACAUUGAUGAAUUGGAAGAAAGAGGAUUAUUAAUAUUCAAAGUGAUCAAGAAGUUGCUACGUUGCGUAAUGUAAGAAACAAAGAAGGAAUAGAAUUUUACCGGAUGGUCAAUAGGAUAGUAGUUACGUAAGAAUCAAGAGAUGAAUGUUGAGAAGUUAUUAAGUUCAAAAGCAACAGAAACAAAAUUACAAAAGUUAAAAAAAAACAAGUGGAAGAAGUAUGAAAAAUAGUUCUUUUGAAGGAAAUCUUAAACUGAUGGCCAGGGCAGAGAAAGUGGUUGUACGAAUCUCUUUUGAAUGCAAAGGUCAGGUUUGUGAACAUGGAUUGCGAUAGCCUCCGCAAUAUGCAAGAGGCGCACUCGUAAACCAUGUGGCAAAUUAGAUGGUAUAUUGUAGAUAACCUUAAAAGCUUUAUUCAAUUCGACUUGACCUGUGUCGACCAAGUGAGAGAGAAUAGAACUUUUAAUCAUUUUAUUAUUAUCUAGUUUCUUUUUUUGUUUUUCGAAACAAAAAGAAAUAGUAUUCAAUUUGAAUAUCUUGUUAAAAAGAAUAACCAAAUCUUAACUGUUUGACAUGGUUUUUCUAAACAUUUAUAUAGUGUAUACUCACUGACUCCUUCAGCAUUUUUAUUUUUUAUUUCUUUCAUUUACCGAUGAAAAUUAAAUGGUAAUGUUCUAACAG